UAAAUUGACAUUGACAAACAUAGCCACAGGCAAGUUGAUCCUUAUGUGAAAAAAGAAAACUUUUAUAUUUUAAGACGUCUAAAUUUGACGUAAAUACGCAAGUGAUUUUAAAGUGCAGUUAUUAAAUCAGUACCUUAUUGUAAAAAUAAAAUAUGACCACAAAUUUCGAUGAAGAACAAGCACUGCGUGAAUGUGAGGCCUAUGUUCAGGCCCACAACAUCCAGCAGGUUCUCAAGGAUUGCAUCGUUCAGUUAUGUAUCAACCGUCCGUCGAAUCCCAUUGCGUUUCUCCGCGAACAUUUUCAAAAAUUGGAACGGGAACAAGCUCUGGACGCUAAACAACAAGCCAUGUCUCCCGAGGACACUGAAGACUUGUCUCCUCUACCAGCCCAUGCUCAGCAGCCUGCCCGACGUCGUGGAGGAAUAUCAGCGGAGCCCGUGAGCGAGGAAGACGCCACCAGCUAUGUCAAAAAGGUCGUUCCAAAAGACUACAAAACAAUGGCUGCUCUCUCCAAAGCCAUUGCCAAAAAUGUCCUGUUCUCCCAUUUGGAUGAAAAUGAAAGAUCUGACAUUUUUGAUGCUAUGUUUCCAGUAAACUGUCUUCCAGGUGAAUCCAUAAUUCAACAAGGAGAUGAAGGAGACAACUUUUACGUCAUAGACCAAGGGGAAGUAGAAGUAUACGUAAAUAAUGAAUUAGUUACCACCAUAAGCGAAGGAGGCAGCUUCGGAGAGCUCGCGCUUAUAUACGGCACCCCUAGGGCAGCUACCGUCAAAGCCAAAACGGACGUCAAACUGUGGGGAAUCGACAGAGACUCCUACAGAAGGAUCCUCAUGGGCUCGACGAUACGCAAGAGGAAAAUGUACGAAGAGUUCCUUUCCAGGGUUUCUAUAUUAGAAAACCUGGAUAAAUGGGAACGCCUCACAGUCGCUGACGCGCUCGAACCCGUCAGUUUUGAGGACAACGAGACCAUUGUCCGCCAAGGAGAGCCCGGUGAUGAUUUCUACAUUAUCGUAGAAGGCACUGCUGUAGUGAAACAGAACAGAAUCGAGGGGGAAGAACCCACAGAGGUCGGUAGAUUGGGACCAAGCGACUACUUUGGAGAGAUUGCUCUUCUGCUGGACAGACCAAGAGCUGCUACCGUGGUCGCAUGCUGCCCGCUUAAAUGUGUCAAAUUAGAUAGAGCACGAUUCGAGAGAGUGUUGGGACUUUGUGCGGAUAUAUUGAAGAGGAAUAUCACUCAGUACAACAGUUUCGUGUCACUUUCCGUUUAAUGGCAGCUGAGAUCGAGGUAUUUCUUGUUUAAGAUUGUUUGGCGGGCUUAGAAUGGCAUGACUUAAUUAUAUGUUGCGCACUAUAGUCUAAUUACAUUCAAUGUACACUAACGUUUUAAUUAGUGUAUCAUGAAUAUAAGUUGUCUAUAAACCUGACCUUACUAGUCGCCAUAUGUGCAAAAAAACAUUGUCUUUCUUUAUAUCUGGAUCAUGUAUGAACCAUGCAUUUUUUAUUAACAAUUGGUUCUUACACAUUGAUUUAAAUUAAAUUAUAUAUUUUUUUACCUGCAGUCCCUGCUCAUAUUAUUAGACUCACUUAGCAAAUUCUAAUUUUCUUUGUUUCUUAAUCAACUAGUAUUAUAACUAUGAUAGCUAUAUAUAAGAGGAUUAUAUAAAUGAUUAUAUUAAUCUUUUUUUAUAUUUACUGAACAAAAAUAUUGAGAUUACAAAAGAAUUUUACGUCUUUUUAAAUUCCAUCUCCCGAGAAGGUUGGCUAUCUUCAUCUUUGUCAACAGUCUGGUCAGCACAACAGAGUUACAGGUGUACCAUUGUCUCAAAUUGUUUAGUCAGGAUAUGAGUCGUCGAACUAUGCUUCUUCUGCCUAAUUAAUAUCUUUGCCUGUAUAAUUAUCUGCAGUAACGCAUAUCUCUCACCUCUCGUUACGUGACCCAUACACUUACUGCAAUUUUCUUAUUUUAAUUGUGUGUAAUAUCUUUUUCCUAAAUUAUUUUCCUUAAGAGGAAAUAGUAGCGAUCAACAGGUAGCAAAAACGCGUUCCAAGAUUGCGGCUGUAAUUUUGAAUAUUUUUUCGAGAUAUUUGGCACACGUAUUCGUAAUAUAAUAAAGAAUGGCGGUACAGAGCCCAAUUUGAAAAAUAUAUUAAUAUGUGGAAAUUACUCUGAGAUUAAAUACAAUACUAAAAAAACGAACCUGUACCGCCAUUAAGAAGAACAAAAAAAUACACUUUCUUCAAAUAAACUUUUUUAUCCGAUGCCGAUUGUGUCAUUUUGGAACUACUAAAAUUUUUUAUUUCAUUAGUAGUUCCAAAAUGACACAAAAUCUAGGCAUCGGAUAAAGAAGUUUAUUUGAAGAAAGUGUAUUUUUUUGUUCUUUUUAAUGGCGGUACAGGCUCGUUUAUUUAAUAUUGUAUUUAAUUACAGAGUAAUUUCCACAUAUUAAUAUAUUUUUCAAAUUGGGCUCUGUACCGCUAUUCUUUAUUAUAUUACGAAUACUUGUGCCAAAUAUCUCGAAAAAAUAUUCAAAAUUACAGCCGCAAUCUUGGAACGCGUUUUCGCUACCUGUUGAUCGCUACUGUUUCCUCUUAAUUAUUUCUAAAACGUCGUUGUUCAUAACCUUAUCGAUCCAACUUAUUUUUAAAAUUCCUCUAUAAGCCCACAUCUCAAACGCUUCUAUUAAUUUAUUUAUAUCCUUUUUAGGGUCGAUUUCUCAUACCUGCGUUAAUCUAUGGUUCAGUUGACCGAGGUUCACCGGUGAACUUCGGUUUUGUUUGGAAUACAUUUCUCAUUGUUAGUGCAUGUUCUACAGCUUUCGAGAAAUGCCAAUAGAUGGCAAAAGGUAAAAUACUAUCGCCAUUUUGUACGACCUUUUUUAUGCUGUUUUUGAAUAAAGUUAAAUUUAAGUAUUUAUAGUCAAAUCUGUUCUGAAAUCUUUGAACGGCCGAAUUCCAGCGUUCAGGUUGAACGUAGUUUAAACUGCCAUCGGUUGAACGUGAGUUGAGAAAGACGAUUUUGACUUUAAACUAACGUUCACUAAAAGUUCAGGUUAAACUGGUUUGAACUCGAUAUGAGAAAUUGGCCCUUAGCGUCCAAACCUCCAUUCCAUAUAAUAACACAGAAAAUACAAACACCGCAGUAUCCGUACUUUGAGUUGCAGAUUCAAAUCAUUGCUGCAAAGUACUUUUCUUGCGUUAUUAUAUUUUACUACAAUACUAAUAUUUUGAGAUGUUCUCUCUGUCAACUGAACCUUGUUUGUUAUUACUUCUCCCGACAAUUUCCUUUUUAGACACUCCCAGGCAUUUUCGAUGGUGUUCAUGUCUGAUAAAUUGCUGGGCCAUGGUAACGGAGGAAUUCCUUGCCCUAUCAAAUGCAUAAGCAUUUGAUAUGGUAAGAAAUUAAGACCAUUACCGUGAUUGGAACCAGCCAUGUCUUCUUCCAAUUUACUCGUUAUAUCUCCAUGAGUGACUCUUCCGUGUUUUAGAGCCAAAUUCGUUGCCCUCUGGGGGUGGCUCUAAGCUUUCUACCAAACCGACCCUUCUGAACCGACAUAACAGGACAUUUCUCUUGUAAGUUUUUGACUCAACCUUCAAACUGACGAUUGAGAUACACCACAUUUUCUUGUAAUAUUGUUAUGAUUAGAACUUAACCAAAUUCAAAAUUAACGUUACUAUAGAAUAAUGUCAAAACUAGUGAAAAUUUUACAAAAGUUGAACACCAAUCGCUAAUUUAAGUAAAAUCCUGGAGUUACUGCAUCUAUUGCAGGUCUGUUUGUUGUCUAUUGCCAUCUGUCAGGUUUGGACAAUUCAAUAAAAAAAUUCCACCAUUUUAAAAUUAUUUAUGUAGCAUGGGUUAUUCACUAAUAGUAAUUGUUAUUUAACCUACUCAGUAGCUCUGUAUUACUUUAAAUAUGCUUGUAAGGCGCUUGAAAGUUAAAAAAGUUGAAAUUUCUAGGGCAGGUCUAAUAAUUUGAACAGGGACUGUAAGUUUGUUAUUCUAUGAAAGGGCGUAUGGAUGUAUUGUUCUUAAUGUAGCAAUACGAAUUAUGUGUAGAAUCACUCUUUUCUAUUUUACAGCUACAGAAUAAAGACGCAAUACCUUUUUCAAGUAGAAAGAUAAGUUUUGAGUAUGUUAGAAGCCACUCAAGUCGUUUUUUCUUUGUCUACUGGACGUGAAAAAUAUAGUGGUUAAUUUUGAUUUUACAUAUUUGAUAUACUAUGAAUGCUGUUACUUUUUCUGGGAUCGACGCUCUUACUUAUUAAUUAUGAAUUCUUAUCUUGUUUAAUUAUGUUUAGAUUUAAAUCAAUCUGUAUAUUUCACAGUUCCGACUCACUAAUCCGGAUCAUAUCCGAUUCGCCCAUCUCUAAAGAAUACAUUCCUAUAGUACUAUGGCCAGGUUAAGCGCGUGCGGACCAGAAUGUUGAACAUAAAUCAGCAACGAAAACUAUUUUUAUCAAAAUUUGUUUGUCAGUUGAGAUUAAUGGAUAAAAUAUCUAGUAGAAUCAAAAUAUAGGAUCAUUAACAUUAAUAUGACUUAAUAUAGAGCCAACUGCUCAAAGACACAGUAUUUAACCCUAAUGUUUAAUUUUAAAUCCAAAUAAGAAGCUGUUUUUCUUCUAGAUUUGAAUUUUAAAAAAAUACGAGGUCCUAAAAUAAAGAUGUGUGCGGAAAAGUGGUCAGGAGUAUACUAAUAACAUAAUCGUCACAAUUUUUACUGUAAAGGUACGUACAGACUAAAGCAUUUUCUUACGAACGAGCCGAGCGCGCACAAACAAUUAAAUGCUCGGGUUAUUUCAGUGUUCGUCCGACCAUGGUAGCAUCAAAUCUGGAGUACGCCCGUACCCACUGAGCAUCAACGAACAAAUGCUCGCUUUUGAUCUUUCAACGGUUACCGAUACGGUUUCAUCUAGUGCUAGUGAAUGUGGUGAUUUUUAAAUCACGCCGUGAUCAGUGGCCGUGAUUUUUAGAUAACGGUGCUUUUAAGCAGUGACUGCGAUCGCCGAUCUUUUAUGUACACUAAUAAGUAGUCACAAUAACUGUAAACUAAAGUCGAUCGCAAUACAUGUGCAAUAACAUAAAAUACCUACAUCGUAUUUCACAAAAUUUCCUAAAAUUCACUGUUGGUAAAUCCCCGUGUCAAUGUAAAUCUCCCCCGAGAAUAUCGUAAUAUUUAUUAUAAGUAUUUACUACAGGGUUCUUUAAAAUUCACGGUUCAUAAUAAUCAGUACGUCACGUUCGCCGUGAAUAUCAUAAUAUUUAUUCUAUAAAUAAACUCGUUUUGAGAGACAGUGAAUACGAAGUUGAUAUCUGAGAUCUGGUCACCGUUAUUGAAGUUACUAAGGAACGGUCGUUACCAGUGAUUUUUAAUUCACCGUGAAUAAAUCACCAUUAGUGAAAUCACGUACCAUCACCAGCAACGGUUCCGUGUAUUUACUGUGACGACACUCCUUCUAAAAUGUACGAUUCGGAAGAAUUUUGCUCGCAAACACGUACUGACAAGAGCAGUUUGUUACAGUACGCACUGCUCGUCAGUUCGUUAGGAGAAAAAUGCUCAAGUCAAUACGCACUUUACGAAAUUUUCACGUACUUGGUGAAGCCAAAAUCAGAGUCUUUAUAUUCCUGCUGGCAGGUUAACCAUUCUGAUUUUGACUUCAUACAAAACUGGAUUUCGGUUGUUAUAUUAUGUUUUGUUGUAAUAUAAGUUGUUGAUAAAAAAUAUACUAUACAAGGUCUAGAGAGAUUCUUUCGUUACAUUUUGUUGAAUGUUGUGGUAUGUUAAUAAAAUACAUACUUUGAAGAAAAACAAGAGCUGACGUACCUACCUAUUCAUCAUCAAUGUGUCGAGGCUGAAGGAUCAAAUAUCACCUUCUUCUUGCAGUGCUCAAUCCUCAUUGGACGUUGACCAAGCACUCAAGCCCACAUAACCAUCACGGCUUCCCUAAAUAAUACCAACGAAGUUUUUCGAUCGAGUGUCUCAAGUUCCUAAGUCACGAAAUACGUCGUCUACCUGGUCCACUUUGCCGUGUGUAAAAAGUUGAAGUAUGACAAUUUUCUUUGUUUUACUUUGUUCUUUGGAUAGCGUCACGUUUUGAAAGCUGUUACUUUCUUACUGCUGGCCUCUGACAACGUCCAAACUUCCACGAGAGACAAAAAGGUGGUAACACAGAGUACCUGAACAUUCGCAAUCUAGUAUGUGUAUUAAGCGUAUGAAUUAACCCUUGAAGUCCUGAAAUUCUUUAUAAAAAUACCCUUAAUUAAUAUUCCAUCUUCCAUAUCCUCUAAAGCUUCCAAAGCUUCUCUAAAGAGUAAAUUUUGAAUAACAUCGGUGACAAAACACAUCCUUCAAGAGCUCCUCGUAGUAUAUAUAUUAAUAUUAACUGGACUAUCAGGAACCGACUGAACACGGCAGGAUGCAUCAGUUCCAUGAUAUGGAGCUAAUCUUAUGACAGGUAGUUCUUUCAGGAUAACAGACUCGGUAAAACACAAGUUAAAAGUAAAAUAAAUGUAUUCUUGUUAUUCAUGUAGAAAGUAAAAUUAAAAUGAUAAAAUAAAACAAUAUCCCGUCUUCGCCCCGCCCGCGAAAGAAGCCCCCUUGGCGGACGUCUGCAAAAGAAAAAGAAAAUUGUAUUUACUAAAAUCAGAAGAAAAUGCCAUUAAUCUAAUACAAGAAGCAAUUACGCACAGACUCAUACCUCAUUACACUUCAAUCCAGUGUAAACACACAUAUUCUCACAAUCAAAAUAACAAUAACUAUACAGAUACCCAUACAACAACUCCAGAUAUGGCAGCAACCGUUCACUGCAUAGUUACACGGAUUUUAUUUAAUUACGAGCGAUGCAUCUCUUCUCUACUGAGUUCCUUCGCCCAGAUUGGUUUACCAGUUCAGUACACUAGUUAGCCAGGGAGCCUAGACCUUAACGCCGCCAGACUGACUGUUCUUCCUCGGCUCUCUUCUUAAACGCCAUUUCGGCGGUCCCUCACCUGGCAUUCAUCGUUAGUGGAGGGAGUCUAGUGGGAGUGCGUUGGAGUUGAUGCGCGCUCGGUACCUUUCCAGUGAUCCGCUGAGAGGAACAUCCCAUCGUUACAAUAUCUCGAUAUGAACUACUUUGGGUUUACUUCUAGCUCAAAACUGGAUGAGGUAGAUUAGAUCGUUUAUUUUCUGCAGGACGGUAUUCGGGCCCUGCCAGUUUCGUUGAAGUUUCGAACAAUGUCCUUUUGCUAUUUUAUACCCCUAUUGUGUUAUCUCUUUCGAAAGUCACUUUGAAGCUUCAAACUUUUUCGAGCAAACUCGUAGAGUUUUUCCAAUUUUUCUUUCUAAUUUUAAUGUACACCAGGGAUGAAUGUUUAAUAACUUUUAAAUUCAAUUAUAACUAAAAGACUAAUUUUUUUUCAAUUAUAACUGUUUCUUGUUUUGCAAAUACUGGAUCUGAAGGAGGUAGUACUUUGUUUACGACCUGUUUUAGCAUAGUGGCUUCUUUGCUAAGACCUUCAACUGCUUCGGAUAUACGAAGCUGUUCCGUAUCGUCUAUGGCUAAUUUGUUAAGUUGGUCCAGAAGAACUAGAGCGCCUUCUCUAUCAAGUGCAUUCUCUUCAUUGUCGGCUAACUCUAGAUCUUCCUCAAGCAUUUGAGUUAUAAAAGACGGAUGAUCACAAAUUUGUCUCAACCGAAGCAGUAAUUCAAAAUCUCGUGUUGUGAAAUCUUCAAGUUUAUUUAGUUUUAAUCACAUCUGUCUCAUUAAAAAGUAUUCUUUGUUAGCUCCAUUUGGAUCUUCUAAAUUGUCCAAUUGGUAAUCACUUGCUUCUUGAUUAUUUUCUGCUCUUUGUUGUAGAAUUAGGUUAAUAAGGUACAAGAAAAUAUAAGGAUUUUGUAGUACACAUCUCUCUCAUUCUACCUACUGAUAUAAGUUCCAAUUUUCUUUCGAGAAUAGUAUUUAAAAGACCUUUUUUAAUUAAUUCCGGCUUGGUUAUUAAUGUAAGAUACGAGUUAACCGGGUGAGACCGUUUUUUUCCUUCUGUCCUUCCUCUUAUCUCCAACGCAUUUCUUCCAAAUAGAUAAGUAAUCCAAAGGUGUACAACUUAAAAACUUUAAUAGACAAACCAUAUUCAAUUCUUUAUUGUGAACUGUUGUUCCUGUUAAAGUCCACCUGGAUUUUGCAGACAAUCUGCAAGCAGCAUCAGGCGUCUUAGUUUUGUGAGUUCUGAUUAAGUGUGUUUCAUCGAUGAUAGUACGUCUCCAUUUUACUUGGAAGACCGUACCUUUUUUCGCAUUCGUUUUUGACGAUAUUGUAAGAUGUAACCACCAUAUGUCGUGUUUAGCUAAUUUUUCGUCUUUAUUUUACCGUUCAGGGCCAUGGUAAAUAACACAAGAAACUAGUCCUCUUGUUGUUCUUCUUUUCACUUCCUUGUAGCAUUUGUUUAAGAGACUAACAGAACAUACAAUUAAGGUGCCCCCAUUACAUUUUUUAACUGCUCCCCCCAUCUUCUUCAUUUUUUUAUCGUUGUGUUUUUCAGUCUAGUUGCAUUAUAACAUUAGCGAAAUCAUUGAAAGGGUUUUUCCCAGUCCCAUUUCGUCAGCUAGUAUGCCUCCUGAUGGCUUUUGGUUCUCUCGCCACGCUAGUCAAGAAAGUGUACUACGUUGCUGGGACAUAAGUUCUUCUUAAGGUGCCGAGACCGCUUGUCGAUCGUUGGCUCUCGUGUUGCUCAGCAUAUUAACAAUCAUUGUCUUAUUUACAGCCGCACGAAAUAGUCCAGUGCUAUUUUUCCCAAACCAUUGGCAUUGACGCAGUGUAUGACCAAAGUAUUCCAAUUUACGCCUUUUAACCGUGUUCACUACUUAACAACUUUUAUUCAAACGUUGCAAAACCCUUUCGUCUGUGAUUCUUUCUACCCAACUGUGGUAACAAGAUACAGCCUUGUAAAACUCCACGCUUGAUUUUUACUUCUUCAAAGCACUGAUUCCCAACCCUAACACAUGCAGCCUGGCUCCAAUACAAAUUUGCGAUGAUUCUAAUGUCCUUAUCGCCCAGACCAGAAGUCGUCAGAAUAUGUAGCAUUUUUUCAUGGCGAACUUUAUCAAAAGCCUUGUCAAAAUCAAUCUUGCACAUGAAAACGUCACGAUUUACAUCUUUGGAUUAAAACGGUUGCAAAUAGUGUAUCACGCUUUACAAGGCCACAGCGAAAACCGAAUUGAGAGAAAAAUUUUCAAAACAUGACUUAUUAGGCUGAUGGUGCGAUGAAAUAUCUACUUAAGGACAUAUAGUGCAGUCACCAAUGGUGGAUAUGAGCUAUUACCUCCGAUUUCGUUGAACCCCCAUCGAUUUUCAUGAAAAUUGGUGAGUGGUUAGAGGAUACAUCAGGGAACAAAAGUGACACGGUGCCAACUUCGCUGUUGCGAAAUUUUAAAACUCACAAAACUACGAUAGAUAAUUAUGAAUCUUUCGUGGUGCACUAUGUCAAUUGCCUUUUCAAAAUCCAAGAAGCAAGCAAAAACGUUACUGUUCACAUCCUUAGCUCUUUGAAUCGGUACCUGUAUUAGUCUUAGAUUACUGUGGAUCAGUACCUAAUAUUCACCUUGUAUGAGAAUGUUCUCUGAUGUAUUCUUUUUUUUUUGUAAGUAACUGAACAGAAUCAAUCCAAUGCACAUGUUUCUUUUAUUUUUUUGUUUGGCCUAUAGAUAAUUUAAUGCAAUGAUUCUGUUUUGGUCCUUAUUGGACCUAAAUUACAUCGAAGAUAGAGAAACUAUGCAAUCUAUAAACACAGAAUAUUGGUUUUUGUUUGAAACAAUUCAUUUGAUAUGUAUCAUUAUAUAAAAAAUCAUUAUGUGUGAUAGAAAAAAAAUUAUUGUGAUUUUUACCACCAUUUUAAAAUUCCAUAUUCAAAUUGGCGAGUAUGAGAUUCAUUUGUAACGAAUAAUGUAAUGCAUAGAUUGAUAAUGUAAUAAUGCUAUAUUUAAUGCUGAUAUCCGUGUAUGGUUGGAACAGUCUAAAUAUCGUUGCACGUCAUUUUCUACGUCAGAGAUCUGUUGACAUUGUUGCCAAAUUACAAGAGAAUUCCUGAAUUAAUUUUAAAUCAAGUAGUAUAUCAUGACAUAAUCAUUGCAGAAGUGGAUUAUACAACGAAACAAAUUAAUAUUCACUGUAAAUAAAUAAAAACAUUAGAAAUAGAAAACAAGAAUUAAGUUAUAAUCUUACGUUAAAGUAAAUAAUAAAAACAAAUCUGAAGUGUCAACACCGCAACUGUCAAAUAAGUGUAACCAAUUUAUGCAAAAAGUCACCUUCGUUCGAUCGCAGUUAAAGUGUGAUCCGGACAACUGUGCUUCAUAAAAACGUUUUAUUUUAUAAUCCAUACAAAUUAAAUGAAACAAGUUAUGGUAUAUUUCUUUAAGUUUACAUUAAUAGAAAUCUUCUAAUAUUAUUUCUACGCUUAUGUAAUAAAAUAUGUCGAGUGGCUGUAAUUCCAGUGUACUAAACGAAUCUAAAAAGGAACAAACCUACGACUUAAUUAUUUUGUGUUGGUAUCGUGUGACGUCACUUGCUAUGACGCGGAUGACAUGCAACGGAAUUUAUAAUGUACAAACCAUACCAUUUAUGAAAAAUUAAGGAUUUUUAGUUAGCAAAUAUCAUGAAUAAUUAUAGGUCUAUGAGUAGUUUUAUUAAAUGAUAACUGCAAAGAAAAUGGUGCAAAAUUUCUAUUGAUAUUUUUUAGAUAAACAAUAAGUUGUACUAACACAUACAUAUAUCUAAUAAAGUUGUUACAAAUGUAAAUGUUCAAAUAAUAAUACAUUCUGUCUCAUCGAAAUUUUGAGUGGUAUUACCCAUUCCAAGCCCACCAAGCAGUCUGCCAAGACUGGCUUGAGCCCAAAAUUGAACAUCUGUUUGUCGAAUAAGAUGAUUGAAGCUUUUAUUAACUUAUUGCCUUGCUUUGAUGAGAAAGUACCAUCAGCAAUCUGAAAUAUAUAUACAUAUAUAUUUUUCUACGAGUCGCCGUCUUUUAUCUGCUCUGUCGAUGUUGAUGGUACUUUCUGGAAGGCUUUUAACUGCUAAAGGAAAUGUUUAAUAAAAUAUUGUAUAUACUUAACAAUAUCUUCCAAUAUAGAAGUAACUGUUAAUCCUGAUUUUUGUCUAUAUGCAUUUUGUUUUUAAUUAGAUAAAUAUUUAUAAACGAA